GGCUCUGUCGAUAUUUGACAGAAGAAUUGAAUUAUAAAAUAAACAUUAGUGAAAAUGAUAUAUGAUUACGAACCUGCUGAGGGUGAAGAAGAGGGAGAGGCAGCAGGAUCCCUUAAUGCAGAUAGUGAAUAUGUUCAUGCUAAAGCAUUCCUCCAAAAAGCCAGUGCAGCAACAGGAGAAAAUUUAUACGAUCAUCUUAGCGAUGUCCUGAAUAAAAUUCUUUCAGAACGUCCGCAAAAUGUAAUAGAUUUCUUUGAAGAAUACAGUAGGAAGGUUAAGGAAAGAAGAUUCAAGAGUGGCUUGGACCAUCUGGAGGACGUUUAUGUGUCUAAGGGGAGAUAUGUCUUAUCAACGAAACUGAUGGAACUUCUUAAACCAAUUCAAACGGAAGAACAGACUACAAUGGAUCCCGCAGAUCUAGAACUAGCUGAUAUGACUCAAAAUGAUAUGUUGCAGUUGCUUUUCUACUUCGAACAUGCAGGUCUUGGAUUACCUAAGAACGAUAUGUUUUGUCUGACUGUCGCUAUGAAAAAACUUGUGCAUAGCGAGCCUAUAGCCUUCAUCAGAUUUUGGGGUGUCAUAUACGGACUUUAUAAAAAUUAUUAUAUCGUUGAAACUGAACUCAAGGAAGAAGAAUAUAUGAGAAGAAAUGAAAACUUCAACGAGAAUGACCAGCCAAACGUGAUUGAUGAAAAUAUCCUAUCCGCCAAUGCUGAGAUAGCCCACAAAAUAUAUGAGGAAGAUGAAAUAACUGUACGACUUCAUCAGUUAGCACAUGAGCAGCAGCUUGGAGGUGAAGACUCAAAAUUUCCAAGACAGCUUCCCCCUCUUCCAUUGAAUACUUAUGAGAAACCACCAAAAGUACCACCAGAGCCGUCAGGUGUGGGUGUCAACUCAAAGGUUUAUUAUGUAACAUCAGAUCUCACAGACCCAUGGGAACAAUUACCAGAUCUGACACCUGAACAAAUAUGUGUAGCAAGACAAAUUUAUAAAUCAUUCACUGGCAUUUUAGAUCAAGAGAUUUUGACCUAUCCGGAAUUUCCAGGAAAAGAGAAGAAUUAUCUCAGGGCACAAAUAGCGAGAAUUUCAGCUGGUACUCAAAUAUCUCCUUUAGGAUACUAUACCUUCGGUGUGGAAACUGCCGGAGAAGAUGACGAAGAAGAGCCAGCGGAAGAUGAAGAAAUGGAGGGGCCUAAGACAUCAUAUAAAAUAAAUCCAAAAUAUGAGCCUCAUCCUCUGAAAGAUCUUAUCGAUGAAUCGAUGUCAUUCUGGGUCCAUCAAACUCAAUAUAUACUUUCUCAAGGAAGGACCAGCUGGUGGAGUCCAACUGCUGAGCCUGAACGGAUGGACGAAGCAGAAGAUGAAGCACCGGCUGAGGAAGAAGAAGAUAGACCCAAAGCUCCAGGACAAGAAGCUGAAACUGGGCCACCACUUCUCACACCACUUUCAGAAGAUGCUCAGAUAGAAAGUAUUCCAGCUUGGUCUGUACGAUCAUCCUCGAAGAUCAUGGAAGAAUUUGCCGUUGCGGUAGUUAGGUCUCACUUAUGGCCCGGGGCUUACUGUUUCGCCACACAAGGAAAGCUUUUUCAGAAUAUUUAUUUAGGAAACGGGUUGAAAUAUCUUGUGACUAAUUUCUCCCCGGAUCCAUUGCCACCAAUCCAGCAAGACUAUCCGCAAGGUCCUGAAAUCAUGGAGAUGUUUGACCCAACAGGUGCUGAAGAAGAAGAUUGGAGAAUUGCUCAUUUGCCUAAGCCAAAACCAGUAGGCCCUGAAGAAGGAGAAGAAGAAGAGCUAGAAGAGGAAGAGGAAGAAGAGGAAGAAGAAGAUUGAGAAAUUUAUUAUUUCUUGUUUGAAUUAGAUUCAGUUGAUUUCAAAUGUUCUCUACUUUUUUCUGCUAUUGAAGGAGAAUAGUUGAUAUUUUUCAAUUGCGUCAACAAAUAUUAAAUUUAUUGAUAACGAUAAGAGUUUGAUUGACGACAUUUAAAACAUGUUAUGUAUUGAGUAUGUGCGAAUGUGAUGGCCUGUUUACUCCAUAUGACAUCAUUAAGGAGAAGUAAUACCUCAAGAAUCUCCAUUCAAAAACGGCAUUUACUAA